GACGCCUCUCUCUCUUCGUGUUUCCUCUCUCCAUUUAAAGUUCCUGCUGCAUACUGAAAGAACUGACCUGCCUGCAACAGGCUGAGGUGCAGAGUCUCCUCUGGGCAGGUGGGCACCAGGACUGCCAAUUAGGGACAUGCUGACCUACAGUCCUCUCCUCACAGCGAAGAAGUGGAUGGUUUUGGGGGAUGCCUGACCCAGUGGAUAAGUAAGCUGCACACAGUACCUGGCCAUGUCUCAUCCUGUCAUCCACCGGCAGCAAGCUGCAGGGACUCUGACUGCAUGAGAAGCUGCUAUGCGCCUGGAGCAUGUAGGUGGCUCUGGGAGCCCAUUGCAGGCUGAACUGGCUGCUGGUGCAAAUCUCACCGCAAACCCCUGAGCUCUACAGCUCCCCCUACUGGCCACCUGCAGCUCUCUCUCCACCAGAGGCUCCAUGCACGAUUUCGGCUGAAACCAUGUCUGCUGGUCUGGGGCAGGCGAUCAGCGAUGGCCCCGUGGUGGCCAGGUGCUGCCCUACUCUCAACUAAGGCUCCUCGAAAACUUGUGUUCCUGUUCACCCUCUCCCUGUCAGUCACUUACCUGUUCUACAGCCUGCUGAGCUGCUACAGCUCCCUACAGUUCCCCUUGCAGGAAGCAGGGGUUUACUUGCAGGAGGAACGUGGCUUCAGCCUGGUGGACCCCAUCAGGACCUCUUCCUCAAAGCCUCCAAGCAGCAGAAGAGAAGUCCUUGCUAUCCAUGAGACUUCCCAGAGACCUCUCCUUGGGACCCUGGAGAGAAAGAGUGAGAAAUACAGCCCUUCUAUCCAGAGUACCAGGACAUACAGCAGCUCCCAGGAGCCCACACUGCAGUCCAUGCUUGGGCUCCUCAUUGCUGGGGACAGGAGAAAAACAAAGUCUGGUGUCUUCAGCCUUUCUGGUGUGUCUACUCUGGGAGAUAACAGCAAGUCUAGGUUCUCCAGCUCAGAGCCUCCCCAACAAUCCAUCACUGAGGCUGUUUUUAAACGGGCAAGCACUUUAGAUGGUUCCAGCAGGUUCCUUAGCGUGAGUUAUACAUCUGAGUUGGACAUCUCUGUCUCACCGCUGGCAUCUGCUUUGAGGACAAGGGUUUCUGGAGUCGAAGCUCCUGUCUCGUUUACAGGUCUGGACAGCGUCCACAUCACUUCCUCAGGACAAAGCGUCAGCACCCUAGACAGCUUCCCCAGCACUCCCUCAGGACAAAGCCUCAGCACCCUGGAUAGCGCUCCUGGACCGUCCUCACCCGCUCUAGGAAUCAGCACCCUGGACAGCGCUCACCAGCCGAACACAGCCGCAAGAGCCAGGAAUCCUGAGUUUUCUCCCACUGUGAGCAGCUCCGUAGCUGCCAGCACAGCGUUUAAUGCGAACGUUAUAUUGGAAUCCAGAGACUCUUCAGAGGGAAAUUCCAAAUCAACUAUUGCCUUGUUAGCCAGACCCAGCUCUUCUGCGAACAUACCUGCCCAUUUAUCAUCUCAUCCCCCAGGAGCAAGCAAUGGGAAUAACGCUGUAGAGUCCUUCUCUUUGCCUGACCCCAAGUCCUCCACUGUGGACACCUCACCCGAUCCUCAAAAAAAACCUCCAACCUCUCUUUACAACCUUUCUGGCCAGUCUCUGGAUUCUAGAAUUCCUACACAGUCCUAUCCUGGGAUAUACAUUUCUACUUCUGGAGAGACCUCGGGAUCGCUGGACUCUACAGGGAAUGAAACUCAAAGAGGUUUUUCUAGCUGGGACAGGACCCCUUUGGCUGCUACUGAAAUGAUCCUAGAACCCCCAGCAGGAUAUGUGGAGAAGGAGCCUCAGGAGUCCAGCACAACCGAAGAGGAGCUGAGUAGGAGAAACUAUAUAAACACCACUGCAGAUUAUGGGGACAAAAGGCUACCCCAGGCAAUUAUCAUAGGGGUGAAAAAAGGAGGCACUAGAGCUUUGCUGGAGGCUCUCAGAGCCCAUCCUGAUGUCAGAGCAGUGGGAGUGGAACCUCAUUUCUUUGACAGGAACUAUGACAAGGGACUAGAGUGGUACCGAGAUUUGAUGCCGAGAACUGUGGAUGGACAGAUAACAAUGGAGAAAACCCCAAGUUAUUUUGUUACGAAUGAAGCCCCGCAGAGAAUUCAUUCAAUGGCCAAAGACACUAAGCUUAUUGUGGUGGUUCGGAACCCAAUAACACGUGCCAUAUCCGACUACACACAGACACUUUCCAAGAAGCCUGAGAUUCCAACCUUUGAAGUUCUAGCCUUCAAAAACAGAACCCUGGGACUCAUCGAUGCCUCUUGGAGUGCAUUGCGAAUAGGUAUAUAUGCACUGCACUUAGAAAGUUGGAUGCAGUAUUUUCCCCUUUCCCAAAUCCUUUUUGUCAGUGGAGAACGUCUUAUCAGCAACCCAGCAGAGGAACUGGCCAAGGUGCAGGACUUUUUGGGGCUCCGGCACAUUAUUACAGACAAGCACUUCUAUUUUAAUAAAACCAAAGGCUUCCCAUGUCUGAAGAAGCCAGAAGACACAGGAGCUCCCAGAUGCCUAGGGAAGUCCAAGGGUCGUAUUCAUCCAAAAAUUGACCCAGAUGUCAUACGGCGCUUGAAAAAAUUUUAUAAGCCUUUCAAUGCUAUGUUCUACCAAAUGACAGGGGAAGAUUUUCAGUGGGAAAAGGAAGAGUUAGAAUGAAAGAAAGACAUGAUAUAUCAAGACAAAGAGAUACUGGGAUAGAUUGUGCUCUCUUGUAGUAAAAUGGCACUCACUAUGAAAACUAUUUAAAAGAUUGCUCAGAAGAACAUAUAUGGUGUAAUGAGGGGGAUUUGUUUGUUCAAAAACAUGACCUUAUCUUACAUAUGUGAUAGACAUGUGAGUCUCUCCAGAGCCUCUCCUGAAUUCUUUUACAUUUAAAUGAAUACUAACAGCAAAUUACAAGGUGUGUGUGCGUGUGUUUGUGUGUGUAUAUAUAGUAUAUAUAGGCAUGGGCCCAGCACCUGUUUUUUUCCCCCAGGUGUAGUCUCCAGCCAAAGAUAAAACACAACUUGAAGGUUUUAUCUAGAAAAAAGAUAAUAAUAUAAUAAAAUAUGUAUACACAUAAAACACACACACACCUUCUUUAAAAGCAUAAUCCACAUGUCAUCUUUUGAUUCUGUGUGUCCAUGUGUAUACAUAUACGUUGUAUAUGUAUGCUCAUAAACACACAUUUCAUCCACAUGUCAUUUUUUGAUUUUGUGUUUCCAUGAAACCUGUUGAGCAUUGAGUGUAUCUUAUUCUAAGCUCUGCUUAUAAAUACAUCGAUUAGCCAAGCACCUAGGCAAUAUAUGCUAUGUUUCCAACACUUUAACAUCGAGUGCAAUAAAACAGGUUAAUGUAUGUACAUAAAAAACAUAAAACCAGAAGUGGGUAUGCUGUUGGAAAGGCACACAAUGACUCUGUUUAGUUCUACAUGCAUUGUCAUAGACCCAGUGGUACAGUUCCAUCAAGGGUCCAUCAAGAGACGAGUUUUAAAAAUGUAUUCCUAGUUCAGGCCAUAUAGGCUAAUUAGACUUUUUCAUUGACUUUUAUAAUUCAAGGGUAAUCUUUAAAAAAAAAAAAAAAAAAAAUGGUUUUAUUUGUGUCUCUCAGGGUUUUCAGAAUUAAGGACUAUCACACAGAUUAUAUAUUAUAACUAGGAGUAUGUUUUUAAAAUAUGGGUAGUGAAUCUAUAUUUUCUCAUCACAAGGGCUGGGUCACUUGAACAUAUUGUGUUUCCUAUACAUUUACAAUUGUUGUAUAAUUCUAAGGCUGCUUUCUUAUUGUCCGAGAAUCCUGACUUGGCCCUUGCGAGACUAGCCAUCCCUGAUGACCAUGAGACAUUGAGCUAAAAUAUAUAAAAAAAAACGCUAAGCAGUGUUUUAGAAAUCCCGUAAGCAUGUGCUACAGCUUUUGAUGCACUCCACAUAUGUUUGGUCCUGGGUUUUAAUAAGGGUUUCAGUACUUGUACACCUGUAGAGAAGUGUAGAGACCCAACGUGAUAGACAAGCCUGUCAAAAUGUCUGCCUCCUAUGUGUAUAUUAAGGGAAGAAAAUUAAGUAAAUACCUUUAUGUGUUAUUUUAACAUAUGUACCUGUUUAUUGUCAUAUUUUAAUUUUCCAUGGUAUUUUCCAUGGUACUUUAAAGCCUAUUAGCCACUUUGAGAGUGUGUACAAGAUAUGCUUAAUUUCCACCAAUUUAAAUGCCCAUUACACUUACCCAUUAUAUAUAUUUUCUAUAGUCUUGUGUGCAUCCUUAAUUUUAAUUUAUAUGGGGCAAUGGGUGGAUUGGCCCUCCAAAACAUUUGAGAAAAAUAUUCAAUAGUUAUUUUUAAUAAAAAAUAAUUCUAUAUUUUUAAGAGGUUAUAUCGUAGAAAGAUUAUACAAUUAUGCUAAUUAUUAAAUUAACCAGCCACACAUACAGCAAGAUUUAGGAAACUCUCCGAUGGCACAUAUUGUCAAAAAUUUAUCUCACGGGUCACGACAAAUGAUUCAAGAAGAUGCUAAAUCUAUCAAAAUGUGAUAAAAUAUAGUAGUAUGUUCACUAAAAUCUAUGUUUUUGGAACGUCACACCUUAAACUGUUCUUUAUUUAUACAGACAGUCCUUUGUUUCCACCUAAACAUAUUUUCUAAACUAGUGUUGCCAUAACUUUGGGAUUAAUGUGGCCUAAAAGAACUUGGACGUGACACUCAGUGUAUGCUUGUGGGGGAACCAUUCAAUUUGGAAACUGUUUUUAGCAGCCAUUAAUUAUGUUAGAAGAGUAAAACCCAGCACUGGAAUUGUUGAAAUAGCUGUUUCACCUAUGAGAUUAUCACCAAAGGAAAGGUAGAGCACGUAUGUGGUUACAUUUCGUUUGGUAAAGAAUGGACGCUGCUAUUGGUUAGGCCAGGGAUAGGCAACAUUGGCACUCAAGAUGUUGUGGACUACAUCCCUCACAAUGCUCUUACACUCAUAAUGCUGAAAAAGCAUCAUGUGAGGUGUAGUCCAAAACAUCUGGAGUGCCAAAGGUUGCCUAUGCCUGUAUUAGGCCAUAGAUUUGUGGUUUUGAGAAAUAGUUUUACUGUUAUGGAGAAGAUGAUGCAAAAUGUACUGAUGAAGAUAUUGGUAUGGUGGAAUAAUAGGAGACUGAUGUAGAGAGUGGAUUGAGGGUGAUAUGUGGGGGGAGGACUAGUAUGGAUGGAAAAGAGAGAACUCAUAUCGUAGAGUUGAAUGGAACUGGCAAUGGAAUUGACAAGGGACUGGUAUAGAGUUUGAUAAAAAGUGGGUAACAUGAAAGGUGGGAUUGGCAGACCUACAUGAAAGGAUAGACAAUGCAUGCAGAGAAAAAAAAUAUAUGAAUUUGGAACUUGGAAGGAGAGGAUUGCUAAAUGGAGAAGGGCAAUGGUAUGGUAGUGGGAGACAGAGGGAGAAUGAAGGAAACUGAAUUUGAAAUUGAAGUUAGGUGGAACAAGAGUGAAUGAACAGUGGAAAGAGAUAUAGAGAGGGAGAGAAACAGGGAUUAUAUAUAUCUAUAUAUGUAUAUGAACAAGGCAUAACGUUUUUCAGGAUGGGGGUCUGAUAAAGUAAAUAAGGCAUAAUAUAGAUGAGGACAAAGGGGGAAAUUAAAUGUGAUGAAAAUCAUA